CGGAAAAAGAGCGACGCCGUUCAAACAUCGAUUUUGUCUCCCCGGACCUGGAGAUCUCUCUCUUCUUCCCCAAUCCUUUCUCUCGUCGCACGCACACGCGCUUCAUCCUCAUCAGCCUCGAUUCAAGUUUGGUAGGAUGGGUGUGAAGCAGGCUCUAAGGAGCAUCGAUGCGUUCCCAAGAGCUGAGGAUCAUCUCCUUCAGAAACUCAAUCUGGUGCCGUUGUAUCCAUUGUUGGGCUCCUUAUAAUGGUUACCUUGUUCUUGAGCGAGCUCAGUUACUACCUUAACACACUUACAGUGCAUCAGAUGUCAGUGGACUUAAAGCGUGGAGAAACGCUUCCAAUUCAUGUAAAUAUGACGUUCCCAUCUUUGCCUUGUGAUGUAUUGAGCAUGGAUGCUAUCGACAUGUCAGGGAAGCAUGAAGUUGAUCUUGAUACAAACAUUUGGAAGCUCCGUCUCAACAGUCACGGUCAUAUCAUUGGCACAGAAUAUAUAUCUGAUCUUGUUGAAAAGGAGCAUGAUCACUCAUCUCACAAGCACGAUGAACACAAGAAUGAGACGGACGCGUUGAAUUUACUUGGCUUUGAUGAAGCUGCUGAGACGAUGAUUAAGAAGGUGAAGCAAGCAUUGGCAGAUGGAGAAGGGUGUCGGGUUUAUGGUGUCCUAGAUGUACAAAGGGUUGCUGGAAACUUCCACAUUUCAGUUCACGGGCUGAACAUCUACGUUGCUCAAAUGAUAUUUGGAGGGUCCAAAAACGUAAACGUGAGCCAUAUGAUACAUGAUCUAUCGUUUGGGCCCAAGUACCCCGGAAUACACAAUCCACUUGAUGGCACAAACCGAAUCCUGCAUGACACCAGUGGAACCUUCAAAUACUACAUUAAGAUUGUUCCAACAGAAUAUAGAUAUCUAUCAAAAGACAUACUGACAACGAAUCAGUACUCUGUAACGGAAUAUUACACACCAAUGAACGAGUUUGACCGGACAUGGCCAGCUGUCUACUUCUUAUAUGACCUGUCACCAAUCACUGUGACGAUCAAGAAGAACGCCGUAGUUUUCUCCACUUGAUCACACGGCUUGCGCUGUG